AGUUCAGGAAGCGGCAUUUCCAAGUACUAUAAAGGUGAUGACUUCGGUUUGUCAAAUAUAAAUAGAAUUUGGAAGUGUUGGGAUGGAUGAUGAAGUUGACUACAUGUCUGAUGCUAUUUUGAAUGAAAUAGAAGAUGUAAAACCGGGAUUGUUUAUAUCACGAGAUGCCCAACGACAGCGUACAAUGGAGGCGAAUCGACGGAAAAACAAAUGUCUUUCCAAGUCAGAAAGGGAAAUCCAUCACCUCAAGGAAGGUUUAAAAAAAAAGGUUGGGCCUGAAAAUAAAGGUUUCAGUCUACUUUCAAAAAUGGGAUACGUUCCGGGUAAAGGUUUGGGAAAAAAUGCUACUGGGAUAGCUGAUCCUGUUUCUAUUGAAAUCCCUCAGGGUCGUGAAGGCCUCGGUUUCGCGUCUGAAAAAAACAAACGUAUGAUAUUUAGGGAAAACCUCAAACAACAGAUACAAAUGGCUUACAAAGAUGAAUUCCGAAGCACUAUGGCCGUGAGAUUUCGACAGAACCGUUUGAACCGACAACUGGAUGUUGCCCGUCGGAUAUGUCAUGAUCUGGAUUUAAAAGAACUUAUUGAAACUCCAGUUCACGAAACAUUCUGGCCGCCUGUUGAUCUUGUUCCAACGGAAAUCGCUGAUAAUGGUAAAUAUGGAUCAGUCAGUUCGAAUGGUUUUAAGUUUGUUAAAGACAGACUUCCUGUAAGUACUGUACUGCCUCAGGAAGAUGAUGUGAACGAAGACUUUGCAGAUAAUGAUUUAGCCAAACUGGACUCGAAACAUGCGAAUUGUGACUACACUUCUGUCCGAAGAAAUUUUACACAACUUUUGAAUUAUUUACGAAGUCGACAUAAUUAUUGUUUUUGGUGUAGCCUACAGUAUCAAAAUCAAUCUGAACUUUUAGAACAGUGCCCUGGAGAGGAUGAAGAUCAACAUGAUUAAUCCAUUUUGACUAAGGUAUUAUGUACAGACAAUUAAUUAUUCCAAAUAUUCUAAUAUACUUUGAGUUGUUGAUUCACAGCUUCACUUAUGUUGUAAUAUAGGUUUGUUGGUAACAUGUUUUUCAUGAAUAUUAAAUGUACGUAAAACAGGUACUUAUGAAGAAAACUAGA